AUGGGUCUGAUGCUGAAGAAGCCCGAGGGGAGUGCCGGAAGCGCAUUCCCUGCCAUUCUGGUCGGUUUGUUCGUCGCCUUUGGCGGUGUCCUUUUCGGAUAUGAUACUGGUACCAUUGGUGGCAUCCUGGGCAUGACCUACUGGAAGGAUACCUUCAGUACCGGUUAUCGCAACGAGAAAAACGAGCUCGAUGUUGACGCCUCCCAAUCUUCUUUGAUCGUCUCCAUCCUCUCCGCUGGUACAUUCUUCGGUGCUCUUACCGCUGCACCUGCAGCUGAUUUCCUUGGUCGUCGUCUCGGUCUCGUUGCUUGCAACGUUGUCUUCUGCGUUGGUGUCAUCUUGCAGACCAUCGCUACCGACAUUCCUGUAUUCGUUGCUGGUCGCUUCUUCGCUGGAUACGGUGUUGGCAUGAUCAGUGCAACCAUCCCCCUCUACCAGUCUGAGACCGCGCCCAAGUGGAUUCGUGGUGUCAUUGUUGGUGCCUACCAGCUUGCUAUCACUAUUGGUAUCCUCCUUGCCAACAUCGUCAACAACGCUACUAAGGACCGCAGCGAUACCGGAUCAUACCGUAUUCCUAUUGCAGUACAGUUCGCAUGGGCUAUAAUCUUGUUCGUCGGUUGCAUCUUCCUCCCAGAGACCCCUCGUUGGUACAUCAAGAAGGGCAAGCCAGAGGCCGCCGCCAAGUCGCUGUCCACCCUUCGUCGUCUCGAUAUCGACCACCCAGCCGUUGUCGAGGAGCUUGCCGAGAUCACUGCCAACCACGAGUACGAGCUCUCGCUCGGCAAGUCCACGUACCUCGACUGCUUCAAGGGCAACCUUGGCAAGCGUCUGGCGACUGGUUGCUUGCUCCAGGCCCUCCAGCAGCUUACUGGUGUCAACUUCAUCUUCUACUAUGGUACCUCCUUCUUCCAGCGUGCUGGUUUCAAGAACCCCUUCAUCAUUUCUAUGAUCACAUCAUCCGUUAACGUCGCCUCCACCUUCCCUGGUCUUUACCUUGUUGAGAAGUGGGGUCGUCGCAACCUUCUCCUCUUCGGCGCUGUCGGCAUGGCUGUCUGCCAGUUCAUCGUUGCCAUUACUGGUACCGUUGCUGGUGUUGAGAACCAGGCUGCACAGAACGCGCUCGUCGCAUUCGUCUGCAUCUACAUCUUCUUCUUCGCCUGCUCUUGGGGCCCAGUCGCCUGGGUCGUUACUGGCGAGAUCUUCCCCCUCAAGGUCCGCGCCAAGUCCCUCUCCAUGACCACCGCCUCCAACUGGCUUCUUAACUUCGCCAUUGGGUACGCCACUCCCUACAUGGUCAAUGACGGCCCUGGCAAUGCCAACCUCGGAGCCAAGGUCUUCUUCGUGUGGGGCGGAUUCUGCUUCAUCUGCGGAUUCUUCGUCUGGGCCCUGAUCUACGAGACCAAGGGUCUGUCUCUUGAGCAAGUUGACGAGCUUUACGGCAAGGUCAGCAAGGCCUGGAAGUCUCAGGGCUUUGUUCCCACCGUCUCUUUCCAGGAUGUUCAGGAUAUCCAGGGUGACAACCGCCGCAAGAGCUUGACCGACGUCGAGGCUGAGGCUUCCCGCAAGAGAAGCGCUCAGUACACCGAGGGCUUCAACGAGAAGUCUACUGUGUAA